AUGACGGGAAAACCAGUUUACAAACCUGACGAGAUACGCUUUGCUUUAAGCCUCAUGGAGAAAGAUUUCUACAACGAUGCGAUAUCUAACGCUUUUCGGGAACGAUUCAACCGAACACUGACAGACAACCAGAUUCGAUAUUUGAGGAACAAAUAUGGCAAGGAUCCUGAUUAUGGGGCUCCCCUUUGCAACAAGCAAUCCAAGAAACGAAAGGAACGUCGAUCUGACUCAGGAGCUGGUUCUUCCACUUCGCCGGGCUCAGAGUACGUUGCGAACACCGCAUCGAUAUCCCUUUCCGAGUAUCUCUCUAACCUAAGAAACAGAGGAUCGCCGACUGAAGCCAAGAGAGCUCGCCAAGGGGCUCUCAAAGCUUCAGCAGGGCCUUCUCAACAACCUCCAUAUCAAUUUGGAUCCCUUCCAACGCAAUCGCCAGUCAAAUUCGAAGACAUAAAGUCCUCCAGCCCGUCUUCUGCCCCCUUGUUCUACGCAGCACCAAUGGCUCAGAUGGGAAACCUUCAUUCACCACCUACAAACACAUAUAGCCUCUCCUCGGGAGCACUGGCUCAGGCAGGCUUGGGUCCUAUGCCUUUAGCUAACUCCUGGCAGAUACAAGCGAGGGCAAACUUCAAUGGCGACUUUUCCCCGAUCAACACUCAUUUUGGCCAACACCAACUCAAGUCACCAGAUCAGCGAAGCCCUGAGAGCGGUAGCGUCGCAUACCAGACACCUCAUCAGUCACCUAACUUACAGCCUUCAUACGCCUCCUAUCUGAGACAGCAACCAAUAGCUGGCUCUCACCCACCAGUCUCAUCUCCACAGCAGACCGUGGUUGUGGGAGGCGGAGUCUAG